AAUCACCCGCUCUCAUGUGAUGGCUCCUGCCAGUGACGUGCCCACCAUAUGGCCUGGCAUCAGAGCAGGUACGUAACGCUGCCUGCAAGGGAUGCCACACCGCCUCGCUGCAGUCCGGAAAAAGGAUAACUCGUACCGGAUCGAAGAGACAAUUGAGACAAUUGAGCUUCUCUUUUUCUUAAUCUUCUUAACGUAGUAGGGAACUAUAGUGUGGAGAUGGUGUAGACAUACGCGCCCUCAUCCAUAGAGCACCACAAAAGUGCCGCUGCCAUGUUGACUAGAUUAUUCAACGAACCUUCACUGCUUCCGGACAUGCAGAAGUUCGGGGGCUGGGUGGAUGACAGCGGGAGCGAGGACUCCAAAAUCAAGGACGAGGAGCAGGAGCGCUGUCGCCUAGGCGACGAGGACUUGGACGAGGGCGAUGUGAAAGACGGGAGCAGCCGGGCUCAGUCAGAAAUUGCAGGGGAGGACGACGAUGAUGAGGAUGUUGAUGAAGAUGAUUGUGGAGAUGACGGAGACAGGCCCAAAAAACGUGGGCCAAAAAAACGCAAAAUGACACCGGCUAGGUUAGAGCGCUCGAAAGUACGGCGCCAAAAAGCAAACGCCAGAGAGCGCACACGCAUGCACGAUCUAAAUUCAGCACUGGACAAUCUACGCAAGGUCGUACCGUGCUAUUCAAAAACUCAGAAACUCUCCAAAAUUGAAACACUAAGGUUGGCGAAGAACUACAUUUGGGCGCUGUCAGAAAUUCUGAGGAAUGGGAAGAGACCGGACGUGGUUUCGUAUGUACAGACACUGUGCAAAGGCCUCUCCCAACCCACGACCAAUCUUGUGGCUGGGUGCCUCCAACUUAACUCAAGGAAUUUUCUAACGGAACAAUGUCAAGAGGGAGCGCGCUUUCACUUACCUAACCCCUCGUUCUCUAUGCACGCAUUUCCAUACCAGUGCUCCCGUCUAUCAAGCACACACUGUCAAUCCGGGUCUAAUGCACAUAGCCUCCGAAAUCACUCUUUCUGUUCGGCCUAUGAGGCUCUGUACACCGAAAGCACGUCCCCAGAAUACAACAGCCCAGAUUACGAGAGUCACCACAGCCCUCCGAUGUGUGUAAAUGGCAACUUUGCUUUAAGACAACAGGAGUCACUGUCACCAGACGCGGAAAGAGGUUAUCAAUAUUCUGUGCAUUACACCAAUCUGCAUGGCUCACGUUCCUCCGCUACUCAUGGUCUUGCUUACGGCCCAUCAGGAACUCGCAGCGGCAGCGCUCACUCAGAGCCUUCCACCCUUCCACCGUUUCAUGAUGUACACGUGCACCACGAUCGGGCGCCUCCAUACGAUGAACUCAACGCCUUUUUCCACAAUUAGGUUCCGGCCGAAAUCAGGUAGUACUGUUCAUCACAGAAACCUUUGAGUUCAAAGCGCUUAUUUCUUUUGUGAUUAAGGCAUUGAUGUUUUGAGCCCAGAAGGUAAAAGCCAACAGGGAGACAAAAGGCGCUCCCUCCUUAAACUCGACCACAGCCGAGGUGAUCUUAAGCGGCGUCCAGAGGCCACGAGCUGGCACGAAAGCCUGGGACUCAGGAGACAAGCGCUUGCCAAUUUGCUAAAUGUCUUAGCGUCAGUGCGCAGGGCCAGCGGGGCAGCCCACCACAGCGAUGCCAGCUGCGCCGUGUGCCAAGCCUGGCCAAAACUGCGCUGCUGGGUGGAGACGGUGUUUCUUUCUUAAUUCAACAGCAUCUGUUCAUUACUUCAUAUUUUACAAGGAAGAAUGGUUCAACUAUAUAUGCUAGCAACUGAAACAGCAAAGCUUAACUAUCGACACUGCACCGGAUAACAGUUGGAACAAACACGCAGUACUGUACAUGAAUUCAUCUGAUAAAUUUUAAACUAAUAAUAAUGUAGCAUAGCUAAACAAGAUGUGGAGAGAAACAAUAUUCUAAGGAGAAAAACUAUUCUUAAAAUAAAAUGGAAAACGAAAUCGCAGCACAAUGACAAAUGAUCAAUCAGUGUAUAAUGGGAAAUUAACAAAAAUAUUUGAAAUAGUUAUUAUAGGACAAAAUGUAAAAUAUUAAGUGAAAAUAUUUAGUAUUUCACUUACUUAACCUUUAGGUUUAAAUAAAUGCAAAGAUAUCUAUAUGCAUCUAGUAUUAAUAAAAAGUAAAAUAAACUCAUCAAUUACAAUAAGUUUUAAAUCUAAAAAUAAUAACACUAAUAACAACAUGCCACUCAAAACUGCUUUGACUGACUAAAUCUCCCAAAUUUUGAUAUUUAGAUGAGCAAAAGUGCUGAGAUGAGUUUUUGUGCCAUCAGAGGUCAAGAGAAAAAAAAA